AUGACAGUGACUCGAGGAUUGAAAAUGCUGUGUGUGGUGGUUGCGGGUGUUCUGUUGUACGUACCAUUCAUGGGUGUUGAUGCAGAGUUAAUAUCUACUCCGCUGCGGCAGCUGAUGGAAGAGGUCGUGAAGGUGCACGUUAAAGUGCAUCAGAAGGAGGUUGCCCCUGCCACAGAAUACUUGCACAAACACCACAAGAAAGAAGAAGAGAAGAAAAAAGGAGAAGGUGUUAAUGAUAGUGAGAUUGUGCCUAUUGAGACGGAUGGUGCUACGUCUGUAAAGUAUGAAAAAGCUCUCGAUGAGAAGAACCAAGCCACCAAGCAAGCUCAGAAUGAUGAGAGUGUAAUCAAGUACAAUCGUGGAAGCGUAAAGAUCUCAGGUGGAAAUGACAGCGGAGAGGUAGAUAAAGAUACUCAGAACAAAAGGAGCAACGUCAAGAAGACUGCUGCCACGGAAAAAGAGCAGGAGGUCAUCAGUGCGACACAGGAGGUCAAUGAACUUGCGACGAAGCUUAGCAGUACACCCUUUGCUGACAAAAAGUCAUUUCAUGACACAUACGGCCCAACAGUGGUUAUUUGCGGGAUUAUCGGUGGUCUAGCGGCUGUAAUUGGCGUUGCUGGUUUGAUAAUGGAUCAUCCUCAGUCAAUGAAGGAUACGUUGGAUUCGGAUGAAUCUGCGAAACUUGAUGUCGAUAUUGAGGCACAUAUUGCAUCUGUUGAAGAUAAGGACAAUGAUUCCGACUCAGAUUCCGGCUCAGAUUCCAGCAAUGACGAGGAUGAAGAGGAAGGGUCCUUUGCAAAUAGCACUGCUCAUGUAUCUGUGUAA